AUGACCAUUCGCUUCCUAUGUACCACGACGGCAGAUAUCACCCCGUCGCCAGCACCUCUCUCCCUCUCGAAGAUAUUCACAGCCGAGAUUGAGCCUUCCAAAGCAACGACCGAAGUACCGCCGCCCCCUGCUCGUACGGCGGUCACCAAGCGCAAGGAGGUCGUCACACCCGCUUCCCACCAACAGACUGCCUUUGGGAACAAUUCACGCAAAGCACGACUCAUCAGAGAGCAUCUGGGGCCAAUGGCCAGCGAGACGAAGCCUCUGUCGAAGUCUCCGUCGAAGCCGGUGUCGAAGCCUCUAUCGGAGCCUGUGCGUGGAUAA